AUGAAGGCGGAAGAAGCGCCAAAAAGUAUUUUUGCGAAAGUGAAAUACUAUUUCAAACGGUACUGGUACAUUGCGGUCCCCGCGCACGCCGCCUCCUGCAUCGCCUGGUUCGCCGCCCUUUAUCUCGUGGUGAAGAGCGGCGUCGAUGUGAUCGGAAUGCUCGAAUGGAUGCACAUGCCGGCGGCGAUCGUCGAGAAGGUCAAGAGCACGCCACGCAGCGCCGGAGUCUUCGUCGUUGCGCUCAUUUUGUACAAGGUGGGCGGUUUACUAUGAAAAACCUUUAAAAAGCUAAGAACCUGAUGAAUCUACAACAAAAAUGUGUGCUAUAGCCAAAAUAUGAGCAUUUUCCCAGAUUGCAAUGCCCUUCCGUUACAUGACGACACUUUUGCUCAUCCGUGCCACAUUUUCAAUACUCCAACGAUUGGGAAAACUGAAAACCGCGAGGGAAGUCGAGUACAAGGUCCGAUCGGAAUACGAGCGCAACAAAGUACUGUACGGACGUCGGUGGUACCGGUAAGUGCCCAAUUUCUUGAUUUGGACGUCGAACUCGAAUUUGCAGUUAUCGCCACUUGGGCGUUCGUAGUGUGGGCCGGAAAAACAGUGUGCACGCAACGACUUCUCAUUUGGGGCAAGUGGAACGUCUCCACAGGGAGCACGAGAAGUUGAAUGAGCCGAAGAAACCAAAGAAAGAUUAG